AUGGAGCGAUUAAAUAGAGUUGGCUCUCCAAUAGACAUUUGUGAUGGAAAUCUAGAUUCAAAACCUGAGGUUUUAGCAAAAAAGAGAAAGCAAAUCGAAUCAAUACAAAGAGCAAAGUCUCCAUUUUUUAUUGGCUCAAUUGACCUUGUUAAUAAAAGAAUCAGUAAAUUGGAAAGAAGAUUUCAGAAAUAUACACAGCUUGUUGUAGAAAGUAGAGCUUCACAACAUGAAGACAUAUCUGACACAGCUUCAGUUAUCAGUGGAAAAGGAAUGGACAGAUACCAUACAAAAGAAAAAGAAGCAAAGGAAAUUAACAAAUUUGCUGGAUAUUUCACAAUGAAACAAACAUUCCUGCCAGGUAGAAGUGAAAGGGUAAAGAAUAUAGCCAAAGUCAGCAUGUCUCAAGGCAAAGUCAAUACUGUAAAAAAAGACACAGGAAAGCCUAAAUUUGUAGAGCUUUACCAGUAUCCUGGGUAUGAUGGUAUAGAGUUAACUCCCUUACCUGAUGAUAUCCCAGCCAUAGAAAUGUUGAGGAAGGCAACAGAGGCUCAAAUGGAACUGUACAAAAAGCCAGUUUACAAGCCAUACUAUGAGAAAUGGUUUUAUUGUGAAGCAUCCCAAGCAGUAUUUCAGGAUUUGUUCUGGUACCUGUUCCUAGAUAAAUACCAGUCCAGUAAGAAUUCUCAGGUUCGAUUGUUUAACAGAUGUGCACAUAACUUUGUCAAACUGAUGAUGUAUGUUAACCAUCCAAGAUUCAGAGAUGUCUUUUUCACUGAUUAUGCCAGUUUAAUUUCCCAGGCUAUCUAUGCAGCAUACUGCCACUCUUUCCCUGACUCAUACAGACAGUUUGGGGAACAGUUUAAAGAAGAUAUAAUCACACUAGUGUACGAUUGGAUAACAGGUAUAAAACCAGCCCCUAGAUUAUGGAUGAAGUGGAACAUGAGUAAGCUAGAACCUCCAGAUAUCAACAUUAGGGAGGAGAUGAUCAACUCACAGAAGAAGAAAUCAUCUUCCAAUAUAAACUCGAGUUUCUUAGACAAUCUGUUAUCUACCAAUUCACCUAGUCAGUACACCUCCACAACAUCUCUCAACCAAUCCAUGUCUAUGGCAAGUGGAUUUGGUGGGAAAAGGAGACGUGGAAUCCACAGAAAGAGGAGCUCAAUUGCAUCCACAUCGUCCAAGAUUAAAAACUCUGGAUCUGCCAGCUCAUCAAGAGAUGGAUCAACUGUUGACUUCUCCUCUGACUCCAUGAAAUCUUCUCCUGGAAAGCAUAAGCCAAAACAGAGACCAGUGGAUCCAAGGAAACUAAUGGAUGCCUUGACACCUAUAAGGGAGACUACUCUAGAAGAUAUGUAUGAAAAACAUGAUACUAAGACCUCUACAUCACAUUCUGCUGUGAAAGUUCCAUCAAAGCUGUCUGAGAGGAUGGUUCAGGAGUCCCAUCCAGCGUGUGUUGGUCCUACAUUCAGUCGAUGUUCUUUCAACAUAAAUGGCCAGAGUCCCUUACUGUCACAUUAUAUGUAUAUGAAGCACCUACAGUAUGACAGUGGACAAAAUGUCAGAGUGACCAGGACAGAAAUGGAAAAUCUACCUCCAUUAGAUACACCAACCUAUAGAGAAGUUAUCAAGGAAUCCUUUAAGAAUGUGAGGAAUAUGCAGAGACAAUACGAGGUGUUUUAUGAGAAGAGUUCGAAGGAGAAUCGUGCUUCUUUAAAGAAACAUAGACUUUUGAAGAAGGAGUAUGAACUAAAGGAAAGUGCUUUGUUGGCUGAUCCAAAACAAGUUAAAAAACUGGUGGAACUUAUAUUAUUGGAUCUUGAUACUGAUGAUGAAAACACAACAUCAGGGGCUGACGAGGCAUUAGAAUUAGCAAUGAAAUCAGUUCAGGUUGCUUAGUGCAGAGGAUGAGGCAUUAGAAUUAGCAAUGAAAUAUGUAAUGGUGGCAUAAUACAGUCAUAUAAAACCUGUAUAAAAUUAGGUAUGAAGUCUGUUAUUGUGGUAUACUGAAUACAUAUUCACUAUGAUGAGAAACAAUGGAGUAUAUUCAAAUUAUAGACUUUGUAAAUUGUAAAACAUUGAAUGGUUUUACUGACAAUAUUGUAGUCAUACCAUUAUAUGAAAAAUCAUAUGUACCUUAAAGUUAAUCUCAACUGUUUGACACUUUUUUAACAAUACACUUUACAUAAAGUUUUGCAUUUUUUUAUGCACAAUUUACAGAAAAUAUUUUUUGUCUUCAAUAUUAGUGAAAUUUUUAUUUUCAAAUAUAUUACUUUUUUAGAUAUCUGUUUUCUAUAUAAAUUUAUUUUUUUAAUAUUUAUGCUGUUAGAUGUAUUAAAGUGAUAUUUGAUUUUGUUAUAAAUGGUUGUGUUAGUUCUUAAUAUUGCUUGGUAGAAUCAAUCAGUUUAGGUUUUUAUUUCUUCUAACUGAGAUCAUCUCUUGUCAUAUUUUUGUUUGAUCAGUUUGAUAAAAAUAUUUCUCUUCACUAGUGAAAAAUCUGUUCUUGGAAAAUGAUUGGUCGAAAUUUAAGUAUGAUGUCAAAUUUUCUUGUUUUUUUUUUAAACAUGACAUCACGAAAAAGGUGACCAUGCCUGAUGACCUUACAUCAAAAGUACACAACUUUCCACAAAUCUUUGCAAAGGAAGUAAAAAAACGCAUUAAAGAAACAAAUUCCACCACUAAAACUUGUGUAUUAUGAUAUAUUUUCCCCUCUCAACAGUUACAUUUGAAUUAUUAAAAAAGCUCUGCUCAGCAAGUCUGCGCUUUAAAGAUUCAAAUUUGACAGUCUUGAGUGGAGAAAUAUUGUAACACACUUGUUGCAGUGGUGAAAAUUAUAUUUAUCAUAAUCUAUAAGUGCAAGUCAUAAAAGAAAGUUACUUCACUGAACUGUAGUUCAAGUUAUCAGUGUCAGAUUUAUUGAUUGAUGAUUUGGUAUCUGAUGUCAAGUAUCUUGUAGUGAUAUUUAAAUUUGAUAUAUGAUAGUUCUGUUGUUAUUUCAAUGUUGGUAUAACAUUUAGUGAAGGAAAUAAGAGAUAGAAAAUAGAAAGCAAGCUACUAAAUCUAGAAGAUGUUUUUUUUAUUCAAAUUAAAUUGAGCAAUAUUGUAAGAUGCUUUAUAUUAUAUCCAGAGCAAUCAGAUUUGAGAGUGAGAGAGAUAUUGUUCUAAUUGUAUGGUGAUAAGCUAUUUAAAAAAACUAUUUUUAUAUUGUUUGUUAAAAAUGUUUGGUUAUAUUAUGUUGUUAGCCUUGAAAACAAUUAUUUUGUAUCCUUUUUUGUUUUGUUUUUUUGUAUAACAAAUAUAUUAACUUUUAAUAAUUGAUUUAUAUUUGGCUGUUACUGACUGUGAUACAUUGUACAAUAAAUUGUUGUUUUAUUA